GAUUCCGUAUCAAUUGGCCAAUCAAAAGCGAUUUUUGUUUAAAUAAUUUGCUCUUGGCUAAUUUUCUUAGUGAAAUUUUUGCCAAAUUAGUUUUAUUAAAUGAAAUUAUCGCUUGUACCAAUACUCAAACACUAUUCUCUAAUUUAUAAAGCGAAGUAAAGUGUAGUAGUUACGUUUAAAAUAACGUCGCCGAAAUUUGCCUGUCAUUUCAAUAUUGACAUUUAGAAAUUUACGAAUGUUUACCUCCUGCCGAAAAUGAGAACUUGAAUUCAAAACCACCAACGGGGUGUUUCCCAACACAGUAUACAUCGUACAUCAUCUUAAUUAUGAACGUUACUAAGAAAGUAAUAGAAAAAUAUUCGAAAUUCCAACUUAUAACGAAUGUUUCGGUAUAAAUAACAACAAAAUUCAAGGUUAUGUAGCGGUUCAAAAAAUAAAUGUAUAUCUUUCGUUUAAACCUUAAAAAAAUAUCCUUAUGGAUACUAAUACUAUGUCAGAUGUUCCUAGUAUUGGUUUAUUUCUAUACGCAACUUAGACCUAAUCAACAAACCCCAAAAAAUGGUGUAAAAUUUGUAAAAAACGAAGACUACUUUACAGAUUCUCAGACGACAUAUCAUACGUUGAAAAGCAAUAUCAUACUCAAAACUGUGAGUACCAGAGAAAGUUAUAUUGAUUUUAACUCUAGUUUAUGUUUUAAAAAUGGUACAGAUUUAGAAUCAAUGAAAAUAUCUAGAGGGAUAAAUUGGAAAUGUACUUGCCUUCCUGGGUGGCACGGUAAUGAUUGUGGGUUACCAGAAGUGAUAUGGAGAGCUGUUUUAACAAGUAAAAAACCUUAUAAAAUUAAAGGGCCUAGAACAUUUGAAAGGAGAUUAAUUUACCUUUUUAAAGUUGAUAAAUUUUCAGAAUAUAUAGCUGAUUUGAGAAUUAAUGAUUUAGGUGCAAUAGUUGAUCUUUUUAUAUUAUAUGAAGACGAAAAUUCGAGCUUUUUGCAACAUAAAUUAGACAACAAAUUCUGUAAAGAACAUCAGCACAAAAUUCUCUACGUUCAAGAUGAUAUUGAAAAUUUAUGGAAAAAAGUUAAAAAUUAUCUAAGGAAUAUUAGAAAUGAUGAUAUAAUACUCUCAAGUGACCUGUAUGAAUUGCCAAAUAAAGAAGCUUUAAAUUUCUUAAAAUUCCAUGAUAACUGGCCACAGCCUAUUAAAUUUAGAUAUCGGUGGUCAGUGUUUGGGUUCUUUUGGAAACAUCCUGAAAAAACUAUAAGUGGAGGAGGUGCCUGUACAGUUUCUUUUCUAAAAGAAUCAUUUAAUAAUAAAAUUGCUUUUCUAACAGAUAACAAGACACUUUUUAGUCCUGCUUAUAAAGGUCUGAUGUUGGGAGAUCUGAAUCACUAUGGGGGAUGGUACUGUGAAUACUGCAACGAUCCUGCCAAUAUAGUGGAAUUUUUAUCGACUAAACCGAAAAAUGUGAUAAAUUGGGAUAAAAUAGAUCACCAAAAAAUAGAUAGUAGUUAUAUAGAAGACCUAAUUGAGAACGGGGUGUAUAUAGAUGGUAAAACAGCUCUUACCAGAGCACACAUGUAUCAUGACAAUUAUUUCGCACCGAAAUUUGUUCUAGAACAUAAUUGGAAAUACGACUUUUUGGUCAUAAAUUUUUACUCAAAAGCAGAUUAUUACGAUAUAUGAUAUCUUCCUUUAUAUUUCUGUUCAGUUCAUUAUGUGAUUUAUAAAAGCAACUUGAAGAGCGAAUUAUCAACAACUUCUUAUCUCUUCUUUCAUAUUCAAUUGAUUAUAUUGAAUAUGUAUACUUUGAGUAACUUUUCAUAUUGUAUUGACCAAAUUUUUAUGUUUCUUUCCACAAUUAUAACUCCCAAGGUAAAUACUGUUUGAUUGUUUUAUUUAAAUAUAAGAUUAUUAAUUUUUUUUUGUUUGAGAGGCAAUUUUAGUACUUGAUUUUUUAUAGAAACUUAGUUUGUGUUUUAAUGUUACAAAUAAUGUUGAAAAAAAAUAUUUUUAUGAGUUAGAAAACGUUUUUGGCGAUAGAUAUUAUAUAUAUACAUAUUUACACUACAGGACUUAUUUAUCUCAUCGGUCUUUAAUGAUUUCACAAUUUUUAUUUUUGCUUUCCAAUUCGGUCCUACUUCUCUAAUAACAUUCAAAACUGCAUCCAAAUAUUUUUUCCAUAGUUCUCUAUCUUCAAUUACCCUUUCUGCAAAUUUAUUUCCCGGCAUCCUUUUAGUAUGCCCCAACCAGUUUUUCAUUAAUUCUUCCUAUUCAAAGUCCUUUACUUGUUUUUAUACCCCAAAAACUUUUUCCUUAAUAACUUCCUUUCUCAUAUAACCAAUUUUCUGUUCAAAUGUUCAUACCAUCAGCAUCUCUCUUACAUGAUUCUUCAGUUCAAUGAGAUCUUUACAUUUUUAGUCAAACAUGUUCUAUUCCUUCCCCUUUAUUUUUCAUUUAUCGUUUCACUUGUAACUGAAACUUUGAACUUUCCCAUAUUUUUUCAAUAUUCCUAAUUUCUUCUAGUUCUCUUCAAGUAUUUGUUUUUGAUGAUUAGUAUCAUCCUUGAGUUUUCGAUUGUUUCAUUUGGGUUGUUUUAUUCUUACCAUUGACCUAGCUUUAGAUAAUUUAUCAGAGAUAAUGAUCGGAGUCACAAUUAGGACCUCUUUGGACUCUAAUGUUGGUUAUAGACGUAAAAUGUCUAACUGAUUAACUUUAUCCCAUUCAGGUUAUUUUACAGGUACCAAGGUGUUUUCUCCUAUGUUGGAAAGGUGUGUUCAGUUCAUCAUGGCAUUACGAAAAAAGUGAAGAUAUAAGCUUUAAUACAGAACAAACUCUAAUAAUUAUAUCCACCUACCAAAUUUACUUUAUAUAUAUUUAUAUAUAUCGAAUGCUUUCUCGUUGCUUACAUUAAUGCCUACUGCAGAUAACAUGGAGAUUUUUGUGAUAUUUACAAACUAACAAUCCAGUGUGCAGUGUACACUGAUUUCGCCAAAUAUUUACUAAUAAUUGUUAAUUUUAUUUUGUUUGUAAUUAUACGCCAGGUGAAUAAACAAAAUUAUAUCAA